AUGUCCGACCAAGACGUUCUUCAUAACAAGUACAACAAAUUGAGAAGUAUAUACAAAUACUAUAUUGAUUCAUAUACUACGCUGUAUCAGUUAAAAACAGAAACAGAAGAAGAAUUAAAGUCAACUUACAAAAUAAUCAAAGAAGAAUUGAUUGAUUCAAAGAAACAUCCACCACAAAAUAUUAUAAAAGACAUUUUAAAUAUCAUUCCAUAUAAUAAUCGCUAUACAAAGUCAUAUUUGAUACUUGCAAAACUCAUAUCUGAUGAAUUUCAUGUAGAAAAGACCAACAAUGUUAAACCUAUUUCAAACUUCCUAUUUUAUAAAGAAUAUGGAAUUAAAUUAGACAAGUCUGAUGAUUUUGAAAAAAUUAAAUUAGGAAAUCUCGAUAUUCAUAUCGAAAAUACGAUCUACAGAGCAAUUAUGAAUAAUGAUAAAGAAAAGUUUAUUGUCUUCAUUGAAAGUGAAGGAUUUAAUGAUAAUCAAACACUUGAAAGCAAUUUAUAUCCAGAAUUAGAGAAAGGAUAUUCAUUACUUGAAUUAUGUUGUUACCAUGGAGCAGUUGAUUGUUUCAAGUUAUUAAGAUCGAAAUUUAAAUCACCAAUAACUCAAACAUGUCUUGAAUUAUCAUUUCUAGGAGGAAAUCCGGAGAUUAUGAGUGAAUGUUUGAAAUAUCAAAAACCAAAUGAAAAAUGCAUGGUAAAUUCAAUUAUUUCA